AUGGCUAGCCCCGCAGACAACGCCUCUGCCCCCGCCCAGGCGUCAGAAGCAGGCCCGGGCACAACUCCCGCCGAGGCAAUAUACCACGCACCCGACAGCAGCCAGGCAGACACCGACCCGCCCCCCUCGUCCUCCACCCACACCGCGGCGUCGAACCCGACGACCAUGUCCGGCACCGCUGUCUCCCUCAUGGCAGCCCCUGACCGCCAGCCGUCCGACACCGCGCUCACCCUCUCGGAGAAGCCGCCCCCAAGCGGCGCGUACCCGUCCACCCCCGCCGGAAAACGGCGUCGCGAUGGCCAGUCUGUUUCUGACGGUGGGGUGACCAGCUCGAGCCUAACCAAGCACUCGUUCGCAGAGGAGGCCAAGACGCCUUCCAAGCGACCCAAACAGGGCUUCUUCUCCAAGCUCACCCGCCUCUGCUGCAUCGGCACCCAGCACACCCAUCCCGUCGACCUCGACGAGGGCUCGUCCACUGCGACAGCCGCACCACACAACCUCGCGCCUCUCACCAUUCCUCCCACUGUCGACACGGAGGUUAUCGUCCCGCCGACGCCUACGAAGCAGCUUCUCCCGCUCUCGGAGACCGACGGGCUCACCUCUGGAGCAGUCCAGCCGCCGGGUUCUACUGGUGAAAAUAUCCCGCACCCCCACACCUUCGAGCGCAAGAUCCACCGCGAACAUUCGGACGAUUCGGACAGUGCGUUCACCGAUGAAGGGAGCUUCUCCGACCUGGUUGGUGAUGAGAUCGAGGAUGAAGAGGCACGGUUGAUCAGGAUGGGCGGCAGUGGCAUCCCCAUUGGACCCGACGGACAACCGAAGCCGCUGCUACCACCCAUCCUACCCGAACACGUCGGACGCAAGUGCCUGGUGCUCGAUCUGGACGAGACUCUUGUACAUAGCAGCUUGAAGGGUGUUCCUCAACCAGACUAUAUCGUUCCCGUGGAGAUUGAAGCAUACUGGCAUAACUUUUUUGUCCUUAAGCGACCAGGUGUCGACGAGUUCAUGAAGAAGAUGGGAGAAAUCUACGAAGUUGUUGUAUUCACUGCUAGCUUGAGCAAGUACGCCGACCCAGUACUGGACAGACUAGACCCCUCCCAUUCGGUGGCGCACCGACUUUUCCGAGAAAGCUGUUUCAACCAUAAGGGUAACUAUGUCAAGGAUCUCUCACAACUCGGACGUCCAGUAAAGGACACCAUCAUCCUCGACAACUCCCCUGCCUCUUACAUUUUCCACCCGCAUAACGCCGUUCCGGUGUCCUCGUGGUUCAACGACCCCCACGACACGGAGCUCACGGACCUUUGCCCGUUCCUCGCGGAUCUCGCCCACGUCGAUGACGUGCGCGGCAUCCUCAAUCCUGCAGUGCCAUGA